GGAUUUCAACAAAAACAACAACACCAAGGUCCCCUCGUUUGUGUUCCCCUCGUCCUUUUUAUUUUCCCGUCUUCAAAAAAAAAAAAAAAAAAAAGGAUACUAUGGCUCUUAAGGCUGUCCAUGUCUCCGACGUCCCUAACCUCGAUCAGGUCCCGGAAAAUGCCUCUCUUCAGCUGUACUCCACCCGCUUCUCCAAAGGUGUGGAAUUUGGUCGGGUGGCAUCGAGAAUACCUAAGUUUCUAGUGAUCGGACACAGAGGGAAUGGAAUGAACGCUUUACAGUCGUCUGAUCGGAGAAUGAGAGCCAUUAAGGAAAACUCCAUCAUGUCGUUCAACACUGCUGCCAAAUACCCUCUUGAUUUUGUGGAAUUUGACGUUCAGGUAACCAAAGAUGGCUGCCCCGUCAUUUUCCACGACGACUUCAUCCUCACCGAAGAUCAGGGUACUGUGUUUGAGAAGAGAAUACCUGAACUGUGUUUGACGGAGUUCCUAAAUUAUGGUCCACAAAGAGAGGCAGCAAAGGAUGGAAAGCCUUUGUUAAGGAAAAACAAAGACGGUCAAAUUGUAAGAUGGGAGGUUGAAAAAGAUGAUUCCCUCUGUACCCUCCAAGAAGUUUUUGAGAAGGUCGAACCUUCAGUUGGCUUCAACAUUGAGAUCAAAUUCGACGACUACAUUGUUUACCAGGAGGACUAUCUCGUCCGUGUCCUUCAAUCCAUCUUGAAAGUUGUGUUUGAGUACGCCAAAGAUAGGCCUAUUGUAUUCUCGUCAUUCCAACCAGAUGCAGCGGUCCUUGUUAAGAAGUUGCAGAACACCUACCCUGUCUUUUUCUUGACAAAUGGUGGGAAUGAGAUUUACUGUGAUGUGAGAAGGAAUUCUUUGGAUGAAGCAAUAAAGGUGUGCUUAGAGGGUGGUUUGGAAGGCAUUGUAUCGGAGGUGAAAGGUGUUUUCCGAAAUCCUGGGGCGGUAACCAAGAUUAAGGAGUCCAAGCUUUCACUUCUAACCUAUGGCAAACUAAAUAAUGUUGCCGAAGCGGUGUACAUGCAACACCUAAUGGGAAUUGAGGGAGUGAUUGUGGAUUUUGUGCAAGAGAUCACAGAAGCAGUGUGUGAUAUGAUAAAGCCAUCGGCGGCCACGGAAGAAGACGGGGAUGAUUUGUUGGAAGGGGACGGGAAGAUGCAAUUGAAAUCAAAGCCGGAGUUCUCGCAGAGGGAGCUUUCCUUUCUGUUGAAGCUCAUUCCAGAAUUGAUACAACUCUGAAAGUCCAUGCCACUUUCGUUUGAGAUUUUUCUACACUUUCAGUGGGCAUCAAUCAAGACGUGCAGCCAGCUUAAUUGCGGCAGCAUCGUAUAUGCAUUGUUGUACUUGUACAUAGAAAUUGGUGAUUGAGGAAAGAGUUUACCCGCUAGCUUGUCAAAAAAUUAUGAUAGUUCAGAGGAGUUAUAUAUGCUUGUUCUGUUUUCAGUCUGUUGUUCUUGUUUAGUUGAUCGGGAUGUGAGUUUACUUGCCACCUCUCCUAGAUAAGGACUACUGGAGGUCUAUUAAUUAAUUGUUAACAUCA